UUUAAAUGGGAAUUUACAACCUCUUACAAGUACUCAAGUCAAUUCAGACGACCACUUCAUUAAAGAAAUAUUCUGGCAAGACCAUUGGAAUUGAUGCAUACUGAUGGCUGCACCAAGGAGCAUAUAUUCUUAGUGAAAGUUAUAUCCAGGGCAACUUUGAGGUUGGAGAUGAAGGUCCAUACAAGCGAUUAUAGUUAAGUUCAUCAUGAACAAAGUCCGACAAUUAUAAAGAACUAUAAGAUCAAACCCAUCUUCGUCUUUGACGGAGGAAGACUCCCCAUGAAGAAAGAAUGUGAGAAGAAGAGAAGGGACUUCAAAGACUCUAAGAAGAGAGAACUUGAAGAAAUCCUUAAAGGUAAAGACCUUAAAGAGGCAUCCAAACUCUGAGCUCAAGUUAUUGACAUUACUUCUCUUCAUGCUUAUGCACUCAUCGAUGAGCUUGUUGCUUCAGGAAUUGAAUAUUAUGUGGCUCCUUACGAAGCAGAUGCACAGCUUGCUUAUCUGUUCAACAUUGGCAAGGUAGAUGCUGUAUUUACAGAGGACUCUGACCUUCUUGCCUUUGGGGUAAAAACAGCUAUCUUCAAAAGAGGCACAAUCGAAAUAAAUAUGAAAAAUUUGAGUAAAACUCAGAAUUUAGAUCUCUCAGUGGUGAAUGAAGAUGAGUUCCUUCUCCUAUGUAUCAUGAGUGGUUGAGAUUACCUACCUAGUAUCAAGGGAAUAGGAUUUAAGAAAGCUUACAAGCAUUUUAUAGAUUGUGGGAAAGACAUCAAAUCUACACUCACAAGGAUGAAGAUUAAAUCUCUUCCAGUUCCUGGGGGUUACUUCAAAGAUCUUAUUAAAGCAUUUAUUACAUUCAAACUUCAGGUUGUAUACUGCCCACAAGACAAGAAAAUGAGAUAUCUCAGUGAAGACUUUGAUCAGUUAUCAGAUGAAGAUAAGAUUUUAAAAAUUGAAUCACUUUUUCAAAACAUUUCAGUUAAAAAGAAGGAUAUCCAAGCAGCAAAUUUUUCUAAAGAUCUAACAUUUGUUGGAAAGCCGAUCACCGACCCAGUGAUUCUUAAAAACCUUGUUCGAGGCAGGAUCGACCCGAUGACUCACAAACUCUUGCAUCUUAAUUACAUUGAACUCAACAAAUCUUUAUCAAAAAUUGUCCCAAAAUCAAAAACAACUCCUAAAAUACCGCAAAUUUCUAAAAGGACCCGCAAGAAACCACCCAAACCGUCAAACAAUAUGCUAAUAUCCCACUUUUUCAAGCAAAAGAAACCAGAAAUCAGUCCAGAAUCCUCAAAAUCAAAAAACCCAAAAGCCUCAAACCAAAAAUACAAAAUCUCCUUCGGUCCUUUCCUGCCUCUAAAAGCCACAAACCGCAUCAAAAAAUCCAAAAGGACCUCUCUAAGCCAAGAUCUGACCAAUUCUAUCCAAAAAAUGCCCAAUCCCUUCGAAUGACUCAACAAGAACAACUCCUCCUUAGAUACCGCCAGCAUGUUGGAGUCACAGCCCAAGGAUUCCAGCGUUGAUCUCCCUCAGAGUCCCCCUAAAGCUUCAAAAUACUUUUCAUAA